GAGAGAACGUCAAAAAAAAAUAAAUAAAUAAAAACAAGUACUCUUAAUAAUAAUUAGUCAAGUGAUCCAUUAAUUAAAAAAUAAACGAUAUUUUUAUUCGAGAUUAACCAGGUUUAAUUUAAUAAAAUUUAUUUUUUUUAAUGUUUAUAAAUUGACCCAUUUUGUUUGGAAAAAAAAAAAAAGCAAAUAAAAAUGUCAGACAACGAUGAUGAUUACAUGUCAGAUAAAUUCAUACUUGGUUCUGAAGCAACAACAAAAGCACCAAGUUUAAUGUUUAAACCAUCACAAAAACGAGAAUUUGAAAAAAUGAAAAAAAAAGCUGAGAUUACUGCAAAAAUACGUGAAAAAAAUAAAUCAGUUAAAUUAAUGGAACAAGAAAAAAGAGAAGAAGGUUUAUCAUCAGCAAUAUCAAGUAGUAACAAAGGCUUUGAAAUGUUAAUGAAAAUGGGAUACAAGCCAGGUCAAGGUAUUGGAAAAACAGAGUCUGGUAGAUCAGAGCCAAUUCCCAUGGAUUUAAAAAUCAACAGACUGGGUCUUGGCAAAUGUGAAACAAGAAAAAAAUUAGCUCAAAAAAAUAUAAAUCCAACAGAAAAAUUAGAUAAUUUAAAUACAGAUAAUUUUAGAGAUAGAAUUGCUGCUAAAAAAUUAGAACAAUUGGCUGAUAUUGAUUUGUUUAAAAGUCAAAAAGUAUGUGAACAAUUAGAUACUAAAAAUAAUAUUAAAGAACCACAAUAUUCAUGGUACUGGCCAUUAGUUAAAAAAGAAAAAAAUAGUGAUGAUGAAGAAGAAGAAGAAGAUGAUGAUGAUGAAAAUACUGAAGAACCAGAAAAUGAAGAUGAUAAAUUAAGUACAAUUGAAAAAUUAGAAUUAUUAACAAAAUACCUGAGGAAAAAUUAUUUUUAUUGUAUAUGGUGUGGUGCAACGUAUGAUGAUGAUGAUGAUCUCAAAGAUAAUUGUCCUGGUAGUACACGUAAUGAUCACUGAUCAUCACAAUGUUGAUGUAAUAUUUUUGUUUAUUAUUUAAUUAAUAUUUAUAAAUAAAUAAUCAAUGUUAAAUUUAAAUAUAUUUUUUUGUUAAAAUUAUUAUAAGCUGAAGAGACUUGUGUUUGUGAUGAAAGGUUUGAAGGAGAGUGUAUUGGAUAUUUGAAAAAUUGAUUCAUGCUAUUAAGACUCAACAGGAGCUCAAUAUGCCCCAUGAAGAUAGUCAACAGGGUGGGAUACAACAAGUUGGUAUAAAAGCCAGCUAGUAGAAUAUUUAUUUUUCAUAACAAUCAGAAACUUGAACGUUGUUGUUCCAGUUAUUGUUGCUGUUAUAUUG